AUGGAUCAGGUUCGGAGAAGCCCGCAAGGCCCGGACUGCGGACCAGGAGAGUGUGAGGUCGAGAAUACGCUUGCACCUACGCUUGCGCAAACUCUGGCGUCUGUAACGGAUUUGCAAACUGAUAGUAUAGAACCGACAGCAUUUGCUCAGACGUCCUAUGUCUUGUCUGUGGAUACCAACACGAGACUGGCUGCAACCGCAGUAUUCACCGAGACUACGUCAAAUACUGCCUACGCGUCUAGUCCAACGCCGACUACCUCAGUGGAUCUGGCUGAUGUAGUGCCGUCGGCGCAGGCAAGCAGCAAGAGCAACAACGCCAACGGAGUGAGCAAGGGUGCGGUGGUCGGUAUCGCCAUCGGAACUUGCAUAGUUGGUGCCGCGGCAGCGUUCAUCAUCACUUUCUUUCUGUUCAAGAAACGAGACAGGAAGCUCGUGCAAAAGACAUGUCCGUCGGGAUAUCCCAUCUACGCCGACUCAUCCCCGGAGCUGGUCAUGGUGCAGAAGAGCGCUGCAACGGGCAGUCCGUACGUGCAGGUGUCGCAGACCCAGAUGCGCACUCCGGUGCCGGUACCUGCACGUGUUCCAGUGGCGACACCGCAGAAAGCACACUCAGAUGCGCUGGCUGGCUUUCUGCCCCCAUCGGCAAGUGAACAUGACGUCCAGAAUCGUGUAGCUAGUUUGUACGGCCAGGUUCAUCGACACGUCGAUACGUACUAUCGCAAUGUUCACGCCAGUAUCACGCCCAGCAUGGACUCGGAUCUGGCCUCGUUCGGAAAGGAUGUGGAUAUGCUGGAACUGCUGCAAAACUGUUCCAGCCCGACCGUAGCACUCAGACACGCCCUCGUCGCCUUUGUGCUCAGCAUUACAGGGCCACAGACAGGAGGCGAGCAGACGUUAUGGCCAGAUGAGCUUGCACUCGUCUUCAAAGCGCAUGGUUCUGACUCUGCUCAAGUCGCCACAGCACAAGCUCUCCACCGCCGUCUCUCAAUAUACCUCUACAUGCACAACAACGCCCUCGCACCCACCACCCCCUCGCAAUCCCGGCUCUCCAAUCUCUCCACCCUCUCGCUGAGCCGCAAGACCAGCUCCGCUAUCCGCGAAGCAGCAGAGCACUUCUCACUCACCUUCUUCCCCUGGGCAGACCCGACGUUCGGCGACCAGGAGCGGGAGAGCGAUCUCGCGGGCCUCAUAGGCGAGACCUUGGAGUGUAGGAUCUGGCUGUGUGGACAAGCUAGUGAGUGGGGUUUUGACUGGGAAAUUCCUGGCAGAGGCGCUGUGGUGGUCGCGCCCGGUCUGGUCGUGAAGGACGACGGGCGGGCGCCGAGGCGCGUAGUGCUUAAUCAGAGUGUUGUUGGGAUUUAG